ACGGGCGAGAAGGGGGUGCAGGCCGAUUGACUCACACAGGGCGGGGGUGGAGAUUCAUCGGCAGUGUGUCGUUCACACGCUGCGUGGGGAAAACUAGCACUGUAGUUUCACUCCGGACUUUUCGAUCGUACAAUGUAAGGAAAAUGGCUGAAAUAAGCUCUGACUGGGUGGAGAUCCUUGAGCCACGGACACGCGAGCGCAUGUACGUGAACCUGGCGACGGGGGAGUGCGGCUGGGAGCCCCCCCCUGACGUGGCCGUGCGCCAGUCCGACGGCAGCCAGUGGUGGGAGCUCUUUGACAGCAACAACAACCGCUUCUACUACUACAACUCGGCCAGCCAGCAGACGGUGUGGCACCGGCCGCACAACUGCGACAUCGUGCCCCUGGCGCAGCUGCAGGCCAUCAAGCGCAGCUCCGAAUCCGAGGUCAGGGGCCACCGGGGCCGACGCACCCCCCUGCCCGGGGCCAGCCCGGCAAGCCCGCCACAGGACCCAGAUGGCGGCGAGGAGGUGGCUGGUGGUACGAACCGCACCGACAGCCUGGACAGCAGGAAGGAAGCCUGCAGGGACUCUGGCCAAAGAUGGCAGCCAGCUCCUGGUUCCAAGGCAGCCCUGCUGGUGAAGGUGAACAGCAUUGGGAGGAACCAGGCGGUUGGUCACGCUAGUGCCCUGUCGCAGCACAGCGGGGGUGCCGUGAGCCUGGCUGCAGGGGGCAGGCCAGCGGCGGGACAGGCAGUCCGGGUCCAGGCCAGCUCUACCGGUAGGAUGGUAGAGCCCAGGCAGGCUGUGAACCUCCGGAAGGGGGACAGCGGGAGCUUCAGCCCCACCUCCUCCUCCUCCUCAACAUACCAGACCCCCCAGCGGUCACAGGCGGGGACCCCCCGGCCAUCGUCACCCAGAUACGGGGCUACCCCACCCAUCUACGACGAGCCGCCCCUGGAAUCGCCCAUCUACGACGAGCCUCCGGUGGAGAUGGAAGUGGAGGGUUCGCACUCACUCACCCGCUCCCUGCCGCCGCACUACACCCCCUCGCAGAGCCUCCAGAAGCAACGGCUUCUGCCGCACCCCUCCUCCCACCUGGGCUCCAAGCACAAGAGGAGUCCCUCUGCCACCGAGUACAGCGCCGCUGGCAAGGAGUGCAUCAAACACAUGGUGAAUGUGGACCCCGGGGCCAGCCGGCAGGCCACCCUCCCCGAGCUCACCCCGCCCAAGAAGGAGGCCGACAAGAAGCACUCGUGGCGCCUCCUAGAGGCGGGAGUGCUGAAGAGCAUGGAGGCACGGCACAGCCGGCAGAACAGCGCCGCCUCGCAGGAGUACAGCAGCCCCAGCGGCGCCGGCCACCAAGACUCGGGCUACUCCACGGGGCCCUCGCCCAGCUUACGCCGCAAGACCUGGCAGCGGCAGCUGGCGGCGCAGGGCCGGCCCAGCUCAGCGGGCAGCAGCGGCGAGCUGGGCGUGCUCAGCGAGAAGCUCAUGGCCGAGGUGAAGGCGGCGGUGAGCCGCUCCAGCACCCUGCGAGGCAGCAAGGCCAGCCUGGACACGGAGAUGUCGGAGAGCUCCGCCCCCCACGGCAGCGGCCUCAGGAAGCACGUGGGCUCCAGCAAUUGCUCUCUGUAUCGCUCCGGUAGCCAUGGUGACGCCCCCAUCUCCCCGCUGGCCUCGGAGGGCCCUGGCAGGCAGAAACGCACCUAUGAGAAGGUCGACUCCAUGGAAAAGAGCGUGACAAGCCAGAUCAGCCUGACCAAUCAAGAGGGACCCAGGUCCCCCUCCCAGGCUGGAACACUGGAAUCCAAGGGCCAGGUAGAGAGCCGAUCACAAGGGGGCGACAGUGGGUGCGGCGGUACUCUAAGUGCCCAGCGCAGGGGCCCGGGGCCAGUGGGGGCCGGAGAAGGCAGGGCCGACUACCACUUCUCAUACGGCAGCAUGUGCAAGGCACCGCCUGACGCCAGCAUGGUGGACUGGGCCAGCAAGAACCUGAACCUGCACACGCAGGGGCUGUUCAGGCGGCGUGUCUCUAUCGCCAACAUGCUCUCCUGGAACCGCGGAUCCAUCAAGAAGCCCAUGCUGAUCACCAGCGACCGCGCCAUCAAGAAGGAGGCCUGCGACAUGUUCAAGCUGGUGCAGGCCUACAUGGGCGACCGGCCGAGCCGCGUGGACCGGCGGCACGUGGCGCUGCUCAUCGUCACUAAGUGCUGGGGCAUGCAGGGCCUGCGGGACGAGCUCUACGUGCAGCUGGUGCGCCAGACCACCGACAACCUGUGUCUGCGCAGCCUGGCCGCGGGCUGGGAGCUCAUGGCCGUCAGCCUGGCCUUCUUCUCGCCUUCGCCCAAGUUCCGGCGCUACCUGGAGGGCUACAUCCAGCGGCACCUGGAGCCACGCUCCGACGACAUGAUAAUGCAAAACAUCACGGAGCAGCAGGACCUGAAGAACAAAAAGAACUCAAAAUCGAGGAAGAAGAGAAAACAGAACCUCGAGGAGGAGGAAGAGAGUCUCCCCAUCAGUACGUACGCAAAGUAUUGCUACCGCAAGCUGCAGAAGGUGGCAGUGACCGGGGGGAAAAAGGGUCUCCGGAAGCCCACGCUGGAGGAGAUCGACCACGGGCGCAACGCCAUCCUGACGCCCUCGCUGUUUGGCAGCUCGCUGGAGGAGAUCAUGGAGCGACAGAGGGAGCUCUUCCCUGAGAGGAGGCUGCCCUGGGUACAGGUGCAGCUGUCGCAGUACGUGCUGGCGCUGGGUGGGGCACAGACCGAGGGCAUCUUCAGGGUGCCGGGGGACAUCGACGAGGUCAAUGCACUCAAGCUGCAGGUGGAGCAGUGGAAAAUCCCAGAGAACCUCUCCGACCCGAACGUCCCUGCCUCCCUCCUGAAGCUGUGGUACCGCGAGCUGGAAGAGCCAGUCAUCCCUCAGAGCUUCUACCGGCGGUGCAUCAGUAACUAUGAGGACCCCGAGGCAGCCAUUGGCGUGGUGCAGUCUUUGCCAGAGCUCAGCAGGCUGGUGCUCUGCUACUUCAUCCACUUUCUGCAGGUGUUUGCCCAGCCGGUGAAUGUGAGCAGAACCAAGAUGGACGUCAACAAUCUGGCCAUGGUGAUGGCACCCAACUGCCUGCGCUGCCAGUCGGACGACCCGCGGAUCAUUUUCGAGAACACGCGCAAGGAGAUGUCCUUCCUCCGCCUGCUCAUUGUGCACCUGGACACCAGCUUCAUAAAGGGUGUGGUCUGACAGCUGUGGUCUUGGCCCGCUCACCAGCUCUCUGGAUCUCAACAUUGGCUCCUUCCCGGACUAGGACGGCACCUCGCCGACGACGAGAACCCUCCUUUCGGACCAUCCUCAGCUGGGGUCUGCUCCCCCACACUGGAGCGUGCCUUUGAUGAAACGUGUGUAUAGUUAAAACAAAAAACCUGUGGGCAAAUACAAAGAAAAAAUGGGAAGUCUUCUUUUUUUAAUGUGAGAUGUUUUUAUUUAGAGUGGCAGCAGAGUCUGUAUUUCCUGUCAGCUGACACAGUGACUUUAAGCGACAUGGGAAGGUGUCGCUCGCUGUUGAAACACUGUCAUUUUACCAGCUUCUUUUCUCCUUUUCGUUUUGCUAACGCAUUUGCCUGCCAGACAGACCACCCCCACCCCCCCAAGGAGUGAGGCCGUACUCGCACCCCUCUAAGAGACUUUAUUUAUUUCUGACUCGCACCACUGCUACCUAGCCUUUUGUUCACUGAGCACCAUCACCAUCCGACCAAGGGAGGCGGGGGGCAGCCAGUGGUGGGUGUGUGCAUGAGUAAGCGGUGGAUUUCACACUAAGAUGCACCCUAAGGUCAACAGUGAGUCGCAGAGCAUUUCUGCACCUGGAAAACCUUUCAGCUGAUAUACUGUAGGCAUCUACCUUCCAAACAUUGUGAUCACAGAUUAUCGUUUAGUAAAAGGGACCUUCCUGGGCCCUCGCUUACAAGGCACACGCAGGAAGACAGAAGCCGCAGGAUGAUGGGAAACGACUGAGGUCAGCCGGUGGGUGUCAGAGGACGGGAUGGUGAGGUACUGAGAGCCUUCAGUGAGAGUGAUGGCAUGGAAUUGAGGAGAAGGGCGAAGGAGCUCAUGUCCCCACGUUUCCGGAGAAAGCUGAUUUGCAGCAGGUUGGGAUGAGUAUUCAUCUUGGUCAGAGAUGGAUUUUAGCACCUCGUCCUCCCUCCCUGCUGCUGCGUUACAGUAAUGUGCCUCCCAGCACCCUUUCCAGUGGGGGGAGAAUCAUCCACUUUAAAUGCUCACUGAUGCUUUUCUUAACACUAGACUGCAAUGUGAUUCCUGCUCGGAGUGUUGAAGCUUGAAAAUAGUGGGUGCCUUAAACGACAAAAUAACUUGCUGGUUACUCAGUGACCAUCCCCAUCAUUCAGAGCAGACCGCCCCCUCCCUCACCAGAUUCCUUUUUUAGUCGCUCUCCAGUUGACAGGCGGCAUCUUACCAUCAGAACACACCCUGCAAACCUUCUGGCCCAAAUCUGUUUUUUGGGACGUUUUCCAAAGGCGGAGUCCUGUGCAAGGAAAUACUACAGUGUCACAUGACACAAUCACCUCAGGGCUCUGCAUUGUCACAGGUUCUGAACUUAAGAGCUUGUAUCGGAAUUUCCAGAAUCAUCAGUACAAGCAGCUGAAAGCCAAACAGUAGACGUACUAAAGUUAUCGUCCCUGGAGUCCAGUUUUACCUCAGAACAUCUUUGGAAGGUAAACCAGAGGCAAGUCGCUGAUGUAAGUAACCUCUGGUUUCAUAAGAUUCUAAUUACUGUGUUUAAAAAUCAUUGUGGAUACACUUGACUAUUGCUGUUAAAGACUGUAGUUGUGUUCUAUUGCAGACUGGCUAUGCCUGGCAUUUCAUUCGCUGCUUCUUUCCUCUGCCCUCCAAACCUGCUUAUUUAUGUGCAUUUCUACGUUACUUUCUCUGCUGUGUCUGGGCACCGUUGCCUGGUAACAGCCUGCCCUCCUAUACUGCUGGCUUCUCUCUGCCGCGGACUCUGCUCCUUACACGAGGAGGCUGCUGCCCUUCACUGUACAUGCCCCUGCAGGCUUCUGGAAAUGCUCUCUGUGCAGAUACCCCAAGUGACACUUGGUUGCAUUUAUUUUCUCCCAGAUUUCAUAAAUAAAUGAAACCUUUGUAAAUUUA